CGAAGUUCGAUCGCAUCAUUUGCACGAUGACCGAGGACGUCGCCGACCUCACGGCGCUCGUGCACCUGGACGAGGCUUCGAUCCUUGCGGCGCUCGCGGCGCGCUUCCGGAAGAAGGCCAUCUACACGAGCACGGGCUCGAUCCUCGUGGCCAUCAACCCGUUCGAGGCGCUGCCUGCGCUCUAUAGUGCUGGCUUGAAGUCAGCGUACAUUGAGCACGGCGACCGCGUCAUGGCCGGUGAGAAGCGUGAGAAGCUGCCGCCGCACGUCUACGCGGUCGCCGACAAGGCCUUUCGCGACGUGUUGCGCCAAGCGGCGAACCAGAGCAUCCUCGUGAGCGGCGAGUCGGGCGCGGGCAAGACCGAGACCACCAAGAUCAUCAUGAACUACCUCGCGUCGGUCUCGUCAGCCACGACACACAGCGACAAUGUGGUCGAGCGAGAGAACGUGCGCAACCGCGUGCUCGAGUCCAACCCGAUCCUCGAGGCCUUUGGCAACGCCCGGACCAACCGCAACAACAACUCGUCCCGGUUUGGCAAGUUCAUUCGCCUCGGCUUCGACCGCAGCGGGUCGCUCCUCGGCGCGUCCAUCUCGACAUACCUCCUCGAACGCGUCCGGCUCGUCUCGCAGUCGAUUGGCGAGCGCAACUACCACAUCUUUUACGAGCUCUUACGUGGCGCGUCGUCCGACGAGCUCCAUGCGCUGGGUCUGACGCAUGUCGAGGACUACAAGUACCUCAACAGCAGCCAGUGCUACGACCGUCGCGACGGCGUCGACGACAGCGAGCAGUUCGCCAAGACGCGCCAUGCGAUGACGACGAUCGGCAUGCCAGCUGACGAGCAGUGGAGCGUGCUGCAGGUGGUUGCAGCGAUUUUGAAUCUCGGCAACCUCGAGUUUGUCAAGACGGCCGGUGGUGGCGACACGUUUGGACACAGCGUCAACAUGGACGUGCUCUGCGGCCUCCUCGGCAUCAGCGUCGAGCGGCUCCAAGCCGGUCUGUGCACGCGUACGAUCCGCGCCGGCGGCGAGACCAUCACCGUGCACCUCGAGCCAAGCCAGGCGCUGGGCGCCAAAGAUGUGGUCGCAAAGGCACUGUACGGCCAGCUCUUUGAGUGGGUCGUCGACCGCAUCAACGAGAGCAUGGCGUACGAAGACACGUCGCGGCCCGUCGACCACUCGCACUCGUUCAUCGGCAUUGUCGACAUCUUUGGCUUUGAGAUCUUCCCAACCAACUCGCUCGAGCAGCUCUGCAUCAACUACGCCAACGAGAAGCUCCAGCAGCUCUUCUCUACGUACGUCUUUGCGAUGGAGCAGGAGGAGUAUGCGAGCCAAGGCAUCCCGUGGACGUUCGUCGAGUACCCCAACAACGACUUGGUGGUGAUGCUUUUUGAGGCCAAGCGCGGUCUCUUCCGGCUGCUCGACGAGCAGUGCAUGCUGCCCAGAGGCGGCGACGGCCCCUUCGCCAAGUCGCUCUACGACCUGCUCGGCAAGCACCCGCGCUUUGCAGCGUCCAAGCUCCAGCAGGGCAGCAGCCAGUUCUCCGUGCUGCACUACGCCGGCACCGUCGCGUACGUCACGGACGGCUUUUGCGACAAGAACAAGGACCACGUGCACGACGAAGCCAUUGCGAUGCUGAGCGCCUCGACCAACGCGUAUGUCGCCUCGCUCUUUGAGAGCUACCAAGUGCUGAGCAUGCUCCCGCCGUCCCGCCUCAACAACGACGGCGACGACAAGCCGCGCCGGUCGUCCGGCAUCAUGGGCGCUACCGUCGCGAUGAAGUUCAAGCAGCAGCUCACCGACCUCCUCGGCGUUCUCAACGCCACGUCCCCUCACUUUGUUCGGUGCAUCAAGCCCAACGAUGUACUGCAGCCGUCAACGAUGGAUGCACCUCGGGUGGCCGAGCAGCUGCAGUGCUCUGGUGUCCUCGAGGCCGUCAAGAUCUCCCGCCUUGGUUACCCCGUGCGGUUUCCGCACGACGCUUUUCAGACCGAGUUUCGGUCCCUUGCGCCGGGACAGCGCAGCAUCCACGCCAUGGUCAACACGCUCGUCGCCAAGUUUGCGCUGCCCACCGACAAGCCGCCGUUCCAGAUCGGUUCCUCCAAGGUCUUUGUCGUGCAAGCGGCGUUCGAUGUGCUUCAGCGCGAACGCGUCCGCGCACUCCACACCAGCGCCGUGACGCUCCAGGCCUUUGCACGCAUGAUCCUCGCGCGCACCCGGUAUCGUCGCCAGCAGGCGUCGGGGCGCACCAUCCAGUCGGCCGUGCGUCUCUGGUGCUUUCGUCGACAACGAAGUGCGGCCGCCGUCGUCCUGCAGAGCUGCUACCGCCGCCACCGCGCGCAGCGAAAGCUGCGACAGCUGCGCGUUGCCAAAGCUCAAGCAAUUGUAGCAGCCAAGGCCAAAGCAGACGCUGCCGCCAAAGCUGCGGCGGCGGCCGAGGCUGCCCGACGACACGCGGCCGCGGCGGUCGAAGCCGAGCGUGUCGCGGCCCAAGCCAAGGCCAUCGCGGACGACGCCUACCGCGCGCUCAACUCGCCCGUCAACUCGCCCGCGCGACCGCUUGUGCGGCCGUUUGCGUCGCCUGUGCACGCACCGCCGCCCAAGGCCUUUUACCCCGAAGUCAUUGGUGACGAUGACGACGCGUCCGAGACCGACUCGGAAGUGGCCGUGUCCCUCGUGAACAAGUACGAGAUUACGUGGGGGUCCGGGAUGCUUGGUCUCUAUUUCGGCCGGGAUCACGACUCGGGGCUGCCGGUCGUCCAGCGCAUUCAUGCCAACUUGAGUGGCUGCAACACCAUCUCGCUCGUCGCCGUCGAAGACGUCCUCGUGUCCGUCGGCACCAAGCGCAUCGUGGCCCACGCUUCGUUGCACCAAACGCUCGCUUACAUGAACGAGAUCGCCAAGCCCGUGACGCUUGUGUUUCAGCGCCGCGGCCACACGCCCGCGCAUGAACUGGAAGCCAACGAGUACGAAGUGCUUUGGGGCUACAACGAGCCGCUGAAUCUCCACUUCAAACUCCACCGUCAGCGCCAUUUCCCGUACGUGAGCACAGUUCUGUCGCCACACAUGCCCAACGAACCGCUCAUGGUCUGCAAGGGCGACCUCCUCUCGCACGUCAACGAGAUCUCGACGUAUAUGAAGUCCCAGAAGGAGAUCAACGCGCUCCUCUCCGAGCAGCCCAAGCCGUGUGUCCUUCGGUUCCGCAUGCCGGACGACGACGCCGUCACCGAGUCGCGCGUCUCGGUUGCGUCGUCGUCGUCUUCGAUCGCGUCGUCCGGCCGGCGGUCCAGUGUGAUAGCGCUCAACUUGCACAAGCAAACGCCGAAUGAAGCCGCGUACAACAUUACGUGGACGGACGAGGACGGACCGCUCGGUCUGGUCGUCACACCGCUGCUCAACUACUACAUUGAGGUCAUCAAGGUCAAGGACGAAGGCGCGGCGUACGCUGCGCGCCAGCGAGGACGCGUUGCGGCCGGUGACAUGCUCAUCGCGAUCAACCAGCAGGACAUUAGCUCCAUGGGCUUCCAACACGCGAUGCACGUACUCAAGUCGAGCCCGAAACCGCUUGUGCUCACGCUCCAGCGCAGCAAGUCGUCGUCGUCCACUGGCCGAUCGAGUCUGCCGGGUCAACUCGCCUAGCUGUCGUAUACCGUGUAAAGGGCACGAGUCUAAUUCUACCCACACUCUUCAUGCACUGCCUAAACUGCGAUAGUCGAGAGUCGCUUCUGUCCUUGAGACUCGUCUUGGUACUGUCUCCGCAUCGGGUUUAUCGCGAUAAGAUCUUUGUC